AUGGCAGACCAUGUCCAUCGCAUCACCAUGUUUAAGCUGCCCGAUCCAGCUGACCAGCAGAAGCUAGUCGAGGCCUACAGGGUCGUCGACCAAACCAACCAAAAGGAUGGCAAACCUUACAUUCUUUCUUUAGCUGUUGGCCCAACCGAGGAUGACCCUCGUUCCCAAGGCUACACGGUGGCUUGCAAGACCGAAUUCGCCAGUCUGGACGACAUGAGAUACUACGACGAGAGUUGUGCAGCUCAUCAAACUCUCAAGGCCACUGCAAAGAAUCUCGGCUUGGAGGGUGUGCUGACUGUCUACUUCAAGCCACAGGUCACGGGGGGCGCCUCAUCCUGA